ACAGGUGCCCCGGCGGCGGCUGUUCCCGGCCAGCGAGGGCGGCGGGCCGGCCCCUCCGGUUAGCUGCGAGGAACACGCGUGAGCCCCGGCGCCUCUGCACGCGUGGGGAGGGGGCUUGCCCUCGGGAGAGAGCCUGCCCUGCCCUGCCCUGCCCUAACGGGAGUUGGGCCGUGGAAAAAGUUGCGGCAGCUCUACAGCCUGGCGGCUUGAGCGCGUUUCGGUACCUGGUAAAUCCGGCGGCUUCAGAGAAGAGCAGCCCGGCAGCAGCUCAGUACUUCCUUCUGCCGAUAAGAUCUGCGCUCGUCACGGGUGGCGGCUGCCGCCGCCGCUGCCCCACUUGAAUCGGUUUCAGGCCCCUCCCGAGACGAGACGGGGAGCGGGAGAGCGGCGAGGCGGGCGGAGGCGAUGCUCCCCCCGGCCCCCUCCGCCCCGCGUCGCCCCGCGCCCUGCGCUGCUGGCGGAGCCGGCCGGGCGGCGGAGCCGCGGCUGCCACCGACAUGGGAACCUUAGGAAAGAGGAGAGAAAACCAGCAACCUGUCCAAGCAUGCAGCACUGCCCCUGAAUCAGCACUGGAGCUGAAGCAGAUCAGUCAUUCUCCCAGCCUUUCAAAUCUCGCGCAGGUCACGAUGGUGCCGUUGGGGCACUUAGCCAAAGGGGCCACCUUGGAAGAUCUUCUUGAAACCUGCAUUCAGUCUUUUGAUUUAGAAGGAAACGCAUAUCAAAACAACCAGCUGCUGAAGAUAAUUCUGGCUAUGCAUCAGUUUAUCAUCUCCUCCGCAGACAUGCUCCAGAAACUCAUUGAUCUCUAUCUUAAUGCUUUAGAAAAUAAAUCUUCCAUUCUGUGUGUGAAGAUAUGCUACUUUGUGAGGUAUUGGAUUACAGAGUUCUGGGUUAUGUUCAAAAUGGACUCUAAACUAUCCACAAUGAUGGAGGAAUUUCAAGAACUGGUUAAAGCUAAUGGUGAGGAGUUACACUGUCGUCUGAUUGACACAACUCAAAUAAAUUCUAGGGAUUGGUCUAGAAAGCUGACACAGCGUGUAAAGGCCAACACCAGUAAGAAACGGAAAGUCUCGCUUCUUUUUGAUCAUCUUGAACCAGAAGAGCUGUCGGACCACCUUACCUAUCUUGAAUUUAAGUCUUUCAGAAGAAUAUCAUUCUCAGAUUAUCAGAACUACAUUGUGAAUAGCUGUGUGAAGGAGAAUCCAACAAUGGAAAGAUCAAUUGCUCUUUGCAAUGGUAUCUCUCAGUGGGUGCAGCUCAUGGUUCUCAGCAGACCAACACCACAGCUUCGGGCUGAAGUGUUCAUCAAGUUCAUCCAUGUUGCACAGAAGCUCCACCAGCUGCAGAAUUUCAAUACGUUAAUGGCAGUGAUAGGAGGUCUCUGUCACAGUUCCAUUUCCAGACUCAAGGAAACAAGCUCAUGUGUUCCUCAUGAUGUAAUUAAGGUGUUUAAUGAAAUGACAGAACUGCUUUCAUCAUACAGAAAUUAUGAUAGUUACCGACGUGCCUAUAAUGAGUGCAGUAACUUUAAGAUCCCAAUCCUUGGGGUCCACCUGAAAGACUUGAUAUCGCUUUAUGAGGGCAUGCCGGACUACUUAGAGGACAAAAAAAUUAACAUAUACAAACUAUACUCUCUGUAUAACCACAUAAAUGAGCUGAUACAACUCCAGGAAAUUCCGCUUCCCCUGGAGGCUAAUAUGGACCUUGUUCAUUUGCUUACACUGUCUCUUGAUCUUUACUACACAGAAGAUGAAAUUUAUGAGCUUUCCUAUGCACGAGAGCCACGAAGUCACCGAGCUGCUCCUUUGACACCUUCCAGACCACCAGUAGUUGUAGACUGGGCCUCGGGAGUAGCCCCAAAACCUGAUCCAAAAACUGUCAGCAAACACGUUCAGAGGAUGGUAGAUUCUGUCUUCAAAAAUUAUGACCAUGACCAGGACGGAUACAUUUCCCAGGAAGAAUUUGAAAAGAUAGCUGCCAGUUUUCCAUUCUCAUUUUGUGUAAUGGCUAAGGACUGGGAAGGUCUGAUUAGCAGGGAUGAAAUAACAGCUUACUUUAUGAGGGCUAGUUCAAUCUACUCCAAACUAGGACUUGGCUUUGCUCACAACUUCCAAGAGACCACUUACUUAAGGCCUACUUUCUGCGACAACUGUGCUGGAUUUCUAUGGGGAGUCAUUAAACAAGGAUACAGAUGCAAAGACUGUGGGAUGAACUGUCACAAGCAAUGCAAAGACCUGGUUGUGAUAGAGUGCAAGAGAAGACCCAAAACUUCAGUUGCAGACAGCAGCCCAACAUCUGCUCUUCCUUCAAGCCUCUGCCCAGUAGGAGUCAAAGAGCAAUUCCAUGGACAAGAAGAAGGGCCAUUCACAUUUCCUAAUGGAGAAGUAGUGGAGCACAAUGAAGACAGCAAGGACCGGACCAUUAUGCUCAUGGGUUCCUCAGCUCAGAAAAUCUCAGUGAGACUGAAACCAGCUGUGGUUCAUAAAGGGAUACAGACUGAUUCCGCACUCCUUGCUGGUGAUGCAUCUCGCAGGCAGACAGAGAAGAAAGAACAUAGGAUGCCAGAAAACCCGUACCUCCAGGCAGUUCCACCAUCCCCGUGUCCAAGCCCACUUCUAGGGCGCAGAAAGGCGUAUGUUAAAUGGGAAAACAAGGAAUCCAGCCAGAAAAUGAAGGAGGAGCGUCACAGCUGGAAACCCUCGUACCAGGAGCUUGAGCAGGAAAGAAAUAUUCUAAAGGCAGACAAUGAAGGUUUAAAGAUCCAACUGGAACAGGCACACAAGACAAUUGAAUCUCUCACAAUCCAGACAAGAAACCAUGUAGUUGACAACCUACAACACAGAGACUGCUCCUAGCAGAUGAGAGGAAGGCUCCUGGGCAAGAAUGUAAAACUGAAGGAGGGGUUGUGAUAAAGCUGCUUCACCAACUGGACUGGAAAGAGAGUCCGAAGGAUGUUAAGCAGAAAUAGCCUCUUUACUCAACACAUUUCCAUAUUAAACAUGCACUCCCAAAUGCAGAAAUCCAUUCCUUUGACUUAAGGUAAUUUAGCAUUAUCUGUGCAAUGAACUUGGUAUCUUUUGGGUUUGCUUUCAAAAGGAGUGACACUGUUGCUGAAGUUUCUGUUCGUGAUGAAGACCACGUGGAUUCCCCAGUGACCUGGCUGCCAGCAGCACACCUUGUUCUACACGUGUUCUGACAAACUGGCUGUUCGUAAGACUCUGUCACCUCAGAUUUGGCCCAAAUUCAGGUUUGUAGAAACAAAUGUUUGAUAAAGCUAUUUAAGUAAAACUGUAGAAAUAUUCUAUUAAGAGAAACAGUUCCUUCUCUUUGUGGCUGAACCCAAUUAAAAUCAUGAGGUGAACUGUCAUCUUUAUUUCCAAAAUUUAAUAAGAAUAUUAAAUAAGUAGCUAAGUUAAUGAUAUUUGAUCCUUAGACUUUAAGAUAAACUGACAAUUUUUUUAACCUUCUUGCAGAAUUUUAGAAGUCCUGCUGCUCAAACACUUACCUUUGUCAAGGUAAAACAGAUGAGACUAUAGAGAGUUUCCAUUGAAUACCGAUCCCAUUCUUGUGUUCCACGCUACAGCUUGGCACACUCAGCCCUACUUGUUUGGCUUUAAAGGACAGCUGGCUGUCCACGUCCAGUAGAUACAGGACAGGGCUGAUGCUUCUUCUCUCAUGUCAAAGUGGACACGAUUGUCAAGUAAGACCUUGAGGGCCAUAUAUCUGAGGGGAACUGUACAGUAACCCCAGUGCAACAGUUCCUGUAUUCCAGAGCUCCUAAUGUCUUCUGGGCGUAACCAAGGUGUCUCCAUUUUCUCUCUUGUAGAUUUCACAUGCACUUUAGGUAAAGAGGCAAGACGAGUGUGCUCUUCUGUGUGUAAAUUUUGUAUAGUAAAAGGUGCUAGGGAGGUAACUUUUCUUAAAGCUACAAAGUGUACAUAUUGGUAAGAGGCAACAAAACAGUCUUUCAAGUUACUGAUUAAACCUACUUGUCAGAAUAGCCAGUUCUAAAACUGCCUUUGCACUCCAAGCAAAUCCAUACACUUACAGUUGUAUAAAACUUGCUUGCGUUUAUCGAACAGGGAUUUGCCAUCACACAGGUAAACAUCAGAAACUUAUGACUUUGAUGUAUUUAUUUACAAAGUCCACUUAGUGCUCCUCAAAACUUGUAAGUUAGUUUAUGAAGUACGUUAUGGACUGAAAUUUAGCCAACCUGUUACAAUAGCAUGUGUGCUUUGUGUUCAAAGUGCUACAAAUGUAUGUUCCAUCCACAAUUUACAGUCAUUGUCAAGCAUAUGAAUGCUUUAUUUAUAAAAAAAAAAAGUCAAUUUGAAACUGUUUGCCAAUUUAGUGAUUCUAAAUUCUUGUUUUGAACUUGGAUUGUGCUUGCAUCUCUGUGUCUAAGUAAAAACAAAUGGAGGGAAAUAGAUUUAGCAGAUUUUGUGUUACCUUACUGUAAAUACAUAUGGUAUGUAAAGAACUGAAAUGCGUAUGACAAAACCCAGCAGCUGUAAAGAUUGUGCAGCUUUUUCCUCAUACACUAAACCUGAAUUAUUAACAAUUAACAUGGAAGUGCACUUUGAUCAGGUCAUGUCUGCAAAUUUGCUUUGUGCAUUUUCUGUAAGCUGCUUGAUUUUGUCCUCUAUUCAGGGAAGUAGAGCAAGGCAUUUAGCAAAUAAAAGUCUGCUUCUGCAACAAUUAAAAUAAACACGAUAAAUGUCAAACAUAUUUUCAUAUAUUUCAAAAAUACCCCCAAAGAGUAGCUAAGACUGAUAAAUCUUGUUGUGCAGCGAAGAUAACUCUGCUCCCUUGUGGUCUAAACUCUGGAUUCUAAUAGAGUUUGUGUGUACACAUACAAUUUGUCUACUCUGGGCUGUGGAGAUCAUGAACAAGCUCUUAUUGAAAAAGAAAAAUUCCCUCAUGUCAGCAGCUGGCCCAAAGGCUACUGUGUUACUCGCCUGUUGAGUACUAAGUACUUAAUACUCAAAAUGGAGGGAUGACCAUAGUUUUGUACAGUCCUAAAUGCUAACAGCGUUUGUGUUGUCUCCUAGUUCCUACACUCAAUCAGGAUGAUUUAAAAGGGAUCUGUUUGCAGGAACCCCUUACAGAACAAGUGUGGGGUGCUUCGUCUUUGCUGAAAACUUCCUGCUUAAAAGAAGUCAGUUGAUACCUGGAGAAUUUCAGAGCUCUCCACGUACCUUCAGGUUCUCUGUUUGCCCAAAGCCCCGUACAGCUGGGGGUAGGUUGGUUGGUUGGUUUGUUGUGGUGGUAGUUCCCUUCUUACAUCCUUUUCUGCUGCAUGAAAGACUAAUAGCAGAGACUGCCCCUUCUGGGACACUGCUGAAACUGACCAAGCUACUGAACAAAAAUCACUCACAUCUGUAUUAAUCUUCAAGCUGCUUUAUGCCAGGGAAAAAAAAUAAAAAAUACAAGUACUAAGUGCUGUUUAAAAGUCAUGUUAGCAAACACUGAUAGUGAAAGUUAUCUUGUCAUGGCUAAUUUAAAUGAAAAGCACUCACCUUUGGUCCUUCUCCAGGCUCAGCUGUAUUUCGUGUACAUACAGGAAGAAAAAAAGAAGUGCCCCCCCAUCCCAACUACUGUUUAUUUUUAAAGUGUAAAUUCUGAUUGUUUAAAGAUAAAAGUAAAUAGACUGAGUAACAUAACAAUUAACAAGGCAGGGCUACUGCUCACAUCAGAUUAAACACAACUGCCUUUAAAGUGGCUUAUAUAUGUUUCUGGAAAUAGCUUUUUGUUAUGGUAUCAGUCUGUUAUUUUGUUGUAACUGAUCUCUAUGGCAACUUGAAAAAAUUUUGUUUUAAUGCUGUUUGCGAAGAUUGCAAAAGAAGUGUACAGAUUGUAAAGAUUUUAUAUAAAUUGUAAGAUUUUUUUGUUUAAUAUUUAUAAUAGAAAAAGAUGUUAAAAUUGC